AUGUCCAGCACUAUCCACCACUGCCCACCACCAUCCACCACUAUCCACCACUGCCCACCACCAUCCACCACUAUCCAGCACUAUCCACGACUGCCCAGCACUAUCCAGCACUGUCUGCCACUAUCCACUACUGUCUGCCACUAUCCAGCACUGUCUGCCACUAUCCAGCGCUAUCCACCACUGCCCAGCGCUAUCCACCACUGCCCAGCACUAUCCACCACUGCCCAGCGCUAUCCACCACUGCCCAGCGCUAUCCACCACUGCCCAGCGCUAUCCACCACUGCCCAGCGCUAUACACCACUGCCCAGCGCUAUACACCACUGCCCAGCGCUAUCCACCACUGCCCAACGCUAUCCACCACUGCCCAGCGCUAUCCACCACUGCCCAGCGCUGUGCACCCCUGCCCAGCGCUAUCCACCACUGCCCAGCGCUAUCCACCACUGCCCAACGCUAUCCACCACUGCCCAGCGCUAUACACCACUGCCCAGCGCUAUCCACCACUGCCCAGCGCUAUCCACCACUGCCCAACGCUAUCCACCACUGCCCAGCGCUAUCCACCACUGCCCAGCGCUGUGCACCCCUGCCCAGCGCUGUCCACCACUGCCCAGCGCUUUCCACCACUGCCCAGCGCUAUCCAGCAUUAUCCACCACUGCCAAACACAAUCCACCACUGCCCACCACUAUCCACCACUGCCCACCACUAUCCAGCAUUAUCCACCACUGCCAAACACAAUCCACCACUGCCCACCACUAUCCACCACUGCCCACCACUAUCCAGCAUUAUCCACCACUGCCCAGCGCUAUCCACCACUGCCCAGCGCUAUCCACCACUGCCCAGCGCUAUACACCACUGCCCAGCGCUAUACACCACUGCCCAGCGCUAUCCACCACUGCCCAACGCUAUCCACCACUGCCCAGCGCUAUCCACCACUGCCCAGCGCUGUGCACCCCUGCCCAGCGCUAUCCACCACUGCCCAGCGCUAUCCACCACUGCCCAACGCUAUCCACCACUGCCCAGCGCUAUACACCACUGCCCAGCGCUAUCCACCACUGCCCAGCGCUGUCCACCACUGCCCAACGCUAUCCACCACUGCCCAGCGCUAUCCACCACUGCCCAGCGCUAUCCACCACUGCCCAACGCUAUCCACCACUGCCCAACGCUAUCCACCACUGCCCAGCGCUAUCCACCACUGCCCAGCGCUGUGCACCCCUGCCCAGCGCUGUCCACCACUGCCCAGCGCUUUCCACCACUGCCCAGCGCUAUCCAGCAUUAUCCACCACUGCCAAACACAAUCCACCACUGCCCACCACUGCCCACCACUGUCCACCACUGCCCACCACUAUCCAGCAUUAUCCACCACUGCCAAACACAAUCCACCACUGCCCACCACUAUCCACCACUGCCCACCACUAUCCAGCAUUAUCCACCACUGCCAAACACAAUCAACCACUGCCCAACACAAUCCACCACUGCCCAACACAAUCCACGACUGCCCACCACUAUCCACGACUGCCCAUCACUAUCCACGACUGCCCACCACUAUCCACGACUGCCCACCACUAUCCACGACUGCCCACCACUAUCCACCGCUAUCCACGACUGCCCACCGCUAUCCACCACUGCCCAACACAAUCCACCACUGCCCACCACUAUCCACCACUGCCCACCACUAUCCAGCAUUAUCCACCACUGCCCAACACAAUCCACCACUGCCCAACACAAUCCACCACUGCCCAACACAAUCCACCACUGCCCACCACUAUCCACGACUGCCCACCACUAUCCACGACUGCCCACCACUAUCCACGACUGCCCACCACUAUCCACGACUGCCCACCACUAUCCAUGACUGCCCACCACUAUCCACCACUGCCCACCACUAUCCACCACUGCCCACCACUAUCCACGACUGCCCACCACUGCCCACCACUAUCCACCACUAUCCACGACUUCCCACAGCUAUCCACGACUGCUCACCACUAUCCACGACUGCCCACCACUAUCCACGACUGCCCACCACUAUCCACGACUGCCCACCACUAUCCACCGCUAUCCACCAUUGCCCACCGCUAUCCACGACUGCCCACCGCUAUCCACGACUGCCCACCACUAUCCACGACUUCCCACCACUAUCCACGACUGCCUACCACUAUCCACAACUGCCCACAGCUAUCCACGACUGCCCACCACUAUCCACCAUUUCCCACCACUAUCCACGACUGCCCACCACUGUCCACGACUGCCCAUCACUAUCCACGACUGCCCACCACUAUCCACGACUGCCCACCACUAUCCACCACUGCCCACCACUAUCCACCACUAUCCACCACUGCCCACCACUAUCCAUGACGGCCACCACUGUCCAGCACUAUCCAUGA